AUGCACGCGAUCCCAGGAAUCCUUGUCCCCUUGCUUCUUUGUGAAUGUGCUCUGGCCCUGUCGCUGCGAUCUUAUCUGCAAGCCGAGCUCAAUGGACCGUCUGAGCUGAUAGGUCGUCAUUCUAUGCCGUCAUCCGGACGGGCCGGCGAGGCGCAAGACCGUUUCCGACUCCCCGACGUGCCUAAGCAAGACGGACCCAAGAUGACGAGCGCCGAGUUCUAUCCGUUGCUACCGCCAGCAAUUCCACUAGCAGUCAAAUCGCCUUGUACGUGCUAAGCUGUGGUGUACGCAGUGGAUAUAAGUGCCUGGCAUCCCCGCGGCUGCAGUGUGGGGGGCGGACGGUCCAGUGUGGGGCUGUCAGCUGACGUCGGACGAGGUGUCUAGUGGCUGCAACCUAUCAGCGUGCUAGCAGUAUCCGGUCACUGACUAUUCUAUCGUACAUCUCUCAACUCUGAUCGCUGUCAGAUCUCAAUGCCUGGCUCCCAACGGGCAAUGAUCGCCAGGACGCGGGCCACCUAGCCGGGCACUGGCCUCGCUUCUGGCCAAUUUCGUACCCGCACACCGAACGAGGCUACCGUCUCGGCUGGUCGGGGAUGAUCCGCAUCGACUUGAACCAAACCUACGUCUUUCUCGGCGAUCCUGGUUCGACUCCGGGCUUGAAAGGAUUGAAGGUCCGUCAUUCUAUAGGGGUUUGUCUUGGCAAGGGCGGUUUGGCAGGUUGACUGACUGACUGACAUGAUGGUGGAUCCUCCAGAUGGCCGUGCAAACCCGGUUCGAAUAUACAGCAAGUCGGUCGAUCUUCUCCUUCAAAGCUGGAGGUGUUCACUUCAAUGUCACCUUUGUUUCGCCCAUCACCCCCGACGACCUGAUUUCGAUAAGCUUGCCAUUGUCCGACUUGGUCGUCGAGAUCGAUAGCAAGAGCCUCAAGCAUCAUCAUGUCGAGGUUUACACGGAUAUCACAGGAGAGUGGGUCACGGCCGACUCCAACGCUCCAAUAGUGAGACGCGGCCCUUUUUGAUAUCCUUUCUCGUUUUACAAGUGACUUACGAAGGAUCGAUUUCCGUGCGCAGACAUGGGACUUUGUCCAUCAUUCUGCAGCAGGCAUCCACCUGGUCCGACGCAGGGAUGAGCUGCUUUUUGAGGAGAUCAACGAACAAGCUGAAUGGGGAAGUGCCGUGUAUGCUACCGAAAUGGUGAGAGCUCUGUUGCGGCUAAAACGUCCCCACCAAAGAUCUUUUCUGAUGUUUACUGUUUUCAUUUCUUGCGGGUACAGUGUCAUUCCACUCGAGCGGGCUCCGGUCCCGCUCGUAAACUCAGAAAGGAGUUUGCUGAACAAGGGCGCCUCAGUGGUGCGCUUGACGCCCAGUAUCGUGCUGUGAACGAUGACCAGCCAGUUUUCGGGUUUUCUGCAAUGCCGAGCCCUCAGAAACCAAGUGUCACCUUCACGAUCGGUCACAUGCGAACACCUUAUGUUGUAAGCCCAACCCUGAGCCUAGGGCGUCGCCUUUCCGGCUGCGCACCCACAGCUGAUCCCAACUCUUGCAAACUUUGAACUCUAAACAGAACUAUGUCACAAGCGAGGGUCAAGUCAACCUCGAUGGAUAUUGGAUGACCCAAUUCCCCACCUUCACCGACGCUGUUGCUGGGUGGAUAAAGAAUGGCUCUGCCAUCCAUGCCGCCGCCACAUCUUUUGACCACAAGCUUCGGCGAGAUGCGAUCAGGGUUUCGGGCAAAAACUAUGCCGCAGUUGUGGAGCUAUCGGCCCGCCAAGCAUUUGCUACGUUCGAGAUCACAUCUGGGGGCAAGGGCGAAGGCGAUACUGUGGCUUUCUUGAAGGAGAUCAGCUCGAAUGGUGACAUGUCGGUAAGUUUUGGGACAGAUCUAAGGAACCAACCAUGUACAGGCAGCUUAUCAUCAUCACAUGUUCUUGCAGACGGUGGACGUCAUCUUUCCUCUUCACCCAAUCUUGGCGUACGCCCAGCCAAGACUCAUCAGACUGCUACUCGAGCCCUUGCUGCGGUACGCGACCAGCGGCCUGUAUCCAAAUCAAUGGCCGUGUCACGACCUGGGAACGUAUCCAAACGCCCGCGGUUACAACGAUGGCAAUGAUGAGGCCAUGCCCGUCGAAGAAGCGGGCAACCUGCUGUGGAUGGUGUUGGCCUAUGUCCAACUGUCGCACGAUGUUGAAUUUGUCGAGGAAUACUACCACAUCUUGACACAGUGGACGGCAUUCCUGAUCCAGGAUGGUCUCAUCCCUGCUGAGCAAUUGAGUACCGAUGACUUUGCGGGUGAGCCAAACACGUUUCGGUCCCCGGGCUUUUGAGAACCCGGCAGCUGACUCAAAUUAUGACCGCAGGUACUCUGUCAAACCAGACCAAUCUUGCAGUCAAGGCCAUUGUCGGAAUAGGUGAGUAGUGGAGUCUUCCAUUUGCAAAGUUGUUCGUCUCUCCUUUGUCUUACGCAUGUCUUGCUUCCAUGCAAUAGGGGCUAUGGGUGGGCUAGCGGCCAAAACCGGGCGGUGGGUCGAGUCCAUUCAUUAUGGAGCGACAGCCAAGGUCAGUCAGCUCGUCCUGCUUGUUGUUACUGCAAGUUUGCUUACUCCUCCUCCUGGAAAUCGCAGGCAUAUGCUGCCGAAUGGUAUGACCUGGCGCUCACGCCCAAGCCCAUUCACUUACCGCACGCCAAGCUCGCCUAUCAGGACGAAAACUCGCAUGGGUUACUCUGUACGUCCCGAAUCUUAUCCCGGCUCCUUGCUUUAGGAGCUGACAAAGUUGAUUCCUACCGUAUUACUAGACAACUUGUUCGGAGAUCGCGCCUUGAAUUUGGGCAUCUUUGACCGUCAACUCUACGAGUGGCAGUCCAAAUUUUAUACCACGCUUCUUCAACCUUUCGGUGUGCCCCUUGACUCUCGUCAUCUUUGGACCAAAUCCGAUUGGGAAAUGUUUGCUUCCGCGUCAAGCACAUCUCGUGACUCGAGGGAUAUGUUCGUCGACUCCAUCGUCAAGUACAUCAAGGCGGGCAAGGUUGAUGCAGCUUUCCCAGAGUGAGCCCAUCAUUUCCGGAGCAGAGCCAGUGCUGCAAAGGGCUAAUCGGAAAACAUGUAACCCUGCAGUCUCUACGAAACGACCGAUGGGAACUUUCCAGGCCGAGGGCUUGAUUGGCCUCUCGAGUUCAUUGCUCGACCCGUUGUUGGGCAAGUUCACAUUGGCCUUUCUUCCUGGCACAAAAGACUCCUAGACCACGUGGAUUCGUUCACUGAUCAUAAUCAAUUUUGGAUAUGCAGGGGCCAUUUCUCCCUUCUUGCGCUUGAUGUGGCCAACAAAGCAAAUGGGGUCAAGCGCGACCCAUUCCGGGGCAAUGACUUGGACUGA